AAGUCGGAGUUUAACCAAUAACCCAGAUCUCACUGCUGUAGUCGGCAGUUCGUUCACACAGAGAGUAGUCCUCUUUAUAAUUUCGUCUAUCGAUAAGACAUAGGCUAGAAGAACAAACGUUUUAAAACACCUCCCUUUAAUCGCAUUCCUGGCUACUAUUUUACAACCUCACUAGUACUCCUGAGACUACCGCCGCUCCUGCACCAGCUGAUGACCGUAAACAGCUCAUGACAGGCGGCUGCGGGCUUUGGGAGUGCCAUGCCAAAGCCUGGAUGAACGGUGAUACGAGCUGAAAACAGGAUCCAGACCUCCAGAUCCAUAUGGCUGUUUAUGAUGAGAACAUCCUGAAGAACCCCUUUUAUUUGUCCUUGGAGAAGCAGAGGGCCGACCUGUGCAGCCACGUGGCCCAGCUACAUGGCAUUGUGCUGGUUCCUUGUUGUGGGAGUUUGACGAGCAGCAAUUUCUCAGACUCUCAGUUUGAGAGCUACGUUCUUCAGCCAACAGAGGAUGGAUACCACACUGUUGAUGGAAAGGAGGUGCGUAUCCAGGACCGACAGGUGGUAUUGGGCUCUGGUUUCCCCUCCCCAGCCUCCAUCCCCAUUUUGUUUGAGGAGACCUUUUAUAACGACCAGGAGCAGAGCUACAGUAUCCUGUGCAUCUCUCGCCCCAUGGAGGACGAGUCCAGCCCCUCUGACCCCUGCCAUCCACCCCCCUACUGCCUGAGGAGCGUGGAGGAGGUGCGGGACUUCCUGGGACGCCACGCUCUCAGACUGGACAAAUUCAUCCAGAGCUUCUGUCAAUCAUUCAAAGAGCAGGAGAGGAAGGGACUGCGCAAUCACAUAGACUCUGUGAAUGGCCUCUAUACUAAAUGUCUUCAGUGUCUGCUGAGGGACUCUCGUCUGAAGCUCUUGGCCAAACAGGAGGUUCAGAUGACUCUUCUGAAGCAGGCUGUGGAGAUUUAUGUUCUUCAUGGUAUCCAUGAUCUUAUCUUUAACUUUGUGGGAACGUUGGAGGCCAGCCAGGAUGCUACCUUCAACAAAAUUGCCCGAAGUCUGGGGGAGCUGCAGCAGAAGGACUUGGGGGUCAAACCGGACUUCAGUAUAAACUUAUCCCGGGCCAAGAGGGAGCUGAGUCAGUUAAACCAGCAGACGUCACCGCUCCUCAAACUCAUGUGUUUACGAAGAGUGGCUCUGACAGCAACUCAAACGACCAAGCGCACAGUGAGCAUAGAGGCAGUGAGUGCAGACGAUCUCCUGUCCGUCAUCCUCUAUCUCCUCGUCAAGACAGAAAUCCCAAACUGGAUGGCCAAUCUAAGCUACAUUAGGAACUUCUGCUUCAGCCACUCCACCAAAGACGAGCUGAGCUACUGUCUGAGCACGUUUGAGGCCGCGGUGGAGUACAUCAACCUUGGAAAGCUGCAGGAUGCGCGAUCAGGCUGUGAGCUGAACGACAAGGCUCUGUUUAAGGAGAGGAUGAGUCUGCUGGCUCAGACUGCUGCCUCCCCUAUACAUUGUUUGUUUGAGCACAUAGCAAAUGGAAAUGAGGCAGAGAUUGAGCGUCUUUUGAGUGAAGGAGAAUCAGAUGAGGACAUUCGGAUGUGCCACCCGCUCUGCUCCUGUGACCUCUGUGACCUCCAGCUCUCUGGGAAGCUUAACGACCCCUCCAUUAUCACACCUUUCUCUAGAGACGACCGGGGCUACACUCCACUGCACGUUGCUGCUAUCUGUGGCCAAGCCCAGCUGAUUGAUUUACUGGUUCAUAAAGGAGCUCCAGUGAAUGCUACAGACUAUCACGCCCUCACUCCACUGCACCUUGCCUGUCAGAGGGGAUACCAGGGGGUCACUCUGCUUCUUCUGCAUUAUAAAGCCAACACAGAUGCUCAGGACAACAAUGGGAACACGCCUCUGCACCUGGCCUGCAUGUAUGGGCAUGAAGAUUGUGUGAAGGCCCUGGUGUACUUCGACUGCCACACGUGUCGCCUGGAUGUCCAGAAUGACAAAGGGGACACUGCUCUGCACAUGGCGUCUCGAUGGGGCUAUGAGAGCAUUAUCCAAGUCCUUCUGGAGAACGGAGCUAGCACCAAUAUCGUCAACAAGAACAAGGACUCCCCACUGCAGUGUGCACUCAACUCUAAGAUCCUGAUGUUGUUGCAAUCGACUGAAAAUGGACGUCAUCGCAGCAGCAGUGGGGUGGAUUCUCCCAGCUGCUCUCCUUUAGCCUCAGACUGCAGCAGCAGACGCUCUUCCGUGUCCAGCACCUCCUCACUGGGGUCAGAGGUCAAACCAGAGACCGAGAGGGUCCGACACAGAGAGGUGGAGAAGCUUCUGCGGGCUGUAGCUGAUGGAGAUGUAGAGAUGAUGCGUUACCUGCUGGAGUGGAUGGAUGAGGCAGAGGAGGAGGACACAGACCUGAGAUCAGAUGCUCCUCUGUGUCAUCCUCUGUGUCAGUGUCCCACAUGUGCUCCCACUCAGAAGCUGUCAGUGGCGCCCCCUGGCUCUCUUGGCGUGAACAGCAGUAACGUGGAUGGCUUCACUCCUCUUCAUGUCGCAGCAUUACAUGGACACUCAGCUCUGGUCUCUCUGUUGAUCCGACAUGGAGCAAAUGUAAAUGCUCGGACGAACCAGAGCGCCACCCCUCUGCAUCUGGCCAGCCAAAACAGCCACAUACAGGUGGUGAGGUUUCUUCUGGAGUGUAAUGCCAAACUGAACAAAAAGGACCACUUUGGCAACACACCUCUAAUUCAGGCCUGCCUCCGAGGAAACCUGGAGACUGCCACCGUUCUCAUAGAGAGUAAUGCGCUGGUGAAUGUGGCCAAUAACCAGGGGAACACAGCUCUCCACGAGGCAGUAAGGGGAGGGCAUCAGGCUUUGGUGGAGCUGCUGCUGCGGAGUGGGGCCUCCCCAGGCCUCAGGAACAAGAGGCAGAGGACGGCCCUGGACUGUGCCUAUGAGCUUGGAGGGAAGAACACUGAGAUCCUGAGAGCUCUGCAGAAAGCCUCUGGACUGUCUCCUGAUGCUGAACCCAUCAAACUGCUCUCUGUACCCAAAGGAGCUCUAGCCCACUCGUUUGUGCAGCGUCUAAGACUCCAGGACAACUCCAAUGGAAGAAGACAGAAACUGGCUCAGUCCAUCAGCAGGAUUCAAAAGAUGAAGAGAGCAUCCUCUGGUCAUUCACCAAACCGAUCUCCAAAUCUUAACCAGAUGAACUCAGAUCGGAGGAGACUGCGUCGGGGGGAGACGGUGGAUGUGAGCACCCCAGCAGAGAGUCUCGAUUCUGGGGCUCGUUUGAGAGCACGCCCCCUGUGUCGCUGGCACACACUGGACUCUGGUGAAAACCCAUCAUCAGAGCAAGAAGAGGAGGCCAAAAACUCCCCUAAAAACUCUCCUAAAAGCACCCGAAAAUUAAGCCAAGACUCUAUGGGAAUCAGUGAAGAAUUGGACAAAACGCAAUCAGACACAAGCCAAGCACAGCCGUUUGACCAGCCCAGUACUUUUAGCUCAGACUCGCCCUCCUCACAAGCCACGGAAAGCCCAUGUUCUCAAGACUUCUCUCCCAAUGGGGCGUCUGAUACCAGUAGCAUACAGCUACAGCCAAUGAACGGAGAGGAGAUAGAGGAGUCAAUAGAAAGUGGGCCGGACAAUACAGAGGAACCAAGUCCACCCCGCCCCACAGAACUCAACAUCCCCAAUUUGUCGAAUGAGGAGGACGAGGUUGAACCGCUGCCAGAAAUGUGCCCAAAAGAGAUCAGUACUCAAGACUAGAAACAAGCACCAAAAGGGAUGGAGAGGCUGGGUUAUAAACAUACAAUUGAUGUCAUGGGAUCUUACUAUGGGAAAAAUAUUAGUGACCUAUAUGACAGUCAAUUAUAAGUUGAUUGAGAAGUUUAUUAAUGCAUGGGUUGCUGGUUCUAUUCCACACCCACAAGGCAAAAUGACAUUGUAUAUUUGAGCAAGACACUUAUCACAUUGCUUUAUGUGAGUUUAACUGAUGCAAAAUGUUAGGAUUUGUGCCUGUGGCUUAAAUUAAUGAACACACCAAAUAGUUGUGCAUAUUGACUACUAUACUAAUUUCACUAAAACAUAGUCCUUGCUGUUAUGUUUUAUAUUUUACUAAAAUCUUCCAGAGUUCUUUCUAGUUUUUUAAUUAUUAUUAUUAUUAUUUUUUUUAUUAUUUUGGUGCAGUUUGUAAUUUUAGUUCCUGUUGGACAUGGGCAACAGAUAUGACAUACAUAGAGGUAAUUCCAUAACUGUUACCUAGCAACCAUAAUGUCAUAAAUUGUCUAAAUUAAUAGAUAAAAAUGCACAAAGAACAACAUCUUUGUUUUGCUAAAUGAAUGUUAAAUCUGUCAGAAAAUGCAUUCCUUGUUCUUAAAUUGUCCCUGCAUUUUGAAUGGAAUUUUCCUUCUUCAUAACAUCAGUAGGGGUUCUGUUUUGGAACUUGGCACUACUUUCUGUUUUGUUGUACUUUUCUUCUCAACUUUUUCUAGUGCAAAUCAUGAUAAAUAUUUGCCACAAGUACUACCGUGCUAAACCAGUACGUUGUUAUAAUACUGCAUAUAGUUUUGACACAGUUUUUAGAUUGCCACUUCCAGAAUGAGAGAUUCGGAGACUCUGUAUUAACUUUCUAUCCAAUUCAUAAAUAUAUAUUUUCCCCAUAGUUUUAAGGUCCCUAUGACAUUAUUGACAACAUUAUAACUAAUCUCUCCAUUACAUGUACUUUUGAUGUCAUUAGACUGCUCUUAGAUCUAAACUAAAAACAGCCAGCCAGUAGUAUUGUUAGUAGUAAUUGUAGUAGUACCAAUUGUUUACAGUAGUAGCAUGAAACAAUACAAAUAGAUAGGUGGUCCAGUUAAAAUGAUGGAUGCACUCAUGUAUAGAUGUCUCAGGCACAGCUAAUCAAUAGACUUUGACUGUUCAGGUUUUGAGACAAAAAAAAACAAUGCUAAUUUAAGCCAAGGUAAACUUACUAGUAUCAGAAAACAAGAUAACAACAUUCAUUUACGCAUACAACUAGCCAAAAUCAACUACAAAAAUGUAUUUGCCAAGGAUGUUAAAAUCUUAUGUUAAUCACUAAACUGAAAAUGACAUAACAUUAACUCCAUAACAUUUUUAACUUCAUUUUUAGUACUUCAGCUGACUGACAGUAGCUGGUUAACACCCUAAAUACUACCACUAUUAUCAUGUCCUUUUAUCAUUUUUCAGUUACACGAUUGAUAUUGUCAAUACAUAAACUACUGCGUGCCACUUUAUUCAGGCUAAUUAAGGUGUAGGUAUUAUAAAUCAUAAAAAAUUGUUCAAGAUUUGAUUGUCAUUGUCAUAGAAAACAAUGAAAUUGUAUCAUACUUUUGAACACUUAGCCCUAGAUCAGUGAUUCUUAAUCAUAGGUUCGGGGCCCAAAGUUUGAGGGCAGCACAAUCAGAAAAAUAUAAUACAUUUAGUAUGAGAGUGGACCCUACUUUGUACAGAAAAAUGUGGCUCCAAGGUCAAAAAGGUUAAGAACUGAUCAUCUUAAUGUGUUACCAGAUGGUGAAAACUGCAUGCAUUUUCUUAUACUCCUGUUUUCAUCAAAGCACUUUUUCACAAAAAUGUAAAGGGAUGCAAGCUGUCUUAGUAUUUCUAGAUCAAAUGAUUGUAGUUUCGUAGUGUUUAAUUGUAGACUCAAUUAGAGCUUGUUCUGAAAUCACUUUUGUUUUACUUGAAUGUUAGAGAUGGCUUCAGUGUUAAAUUAAUGGAUUUUUGCAAUGUUUUGAUUUGCCUUUUGAGUUAAUAUUAUACAGAAAAGUUUUGGUGCAUCAGAGAGGUUAGACGUCUCCUGUAUACACCACAAGAGUAAAAGACUGAAUGGAUAGCUUUGUAUUGUUACAAACUUUGAUUUAAAAAACACUAUUAUUACUUAAAAAUCAUGUUUUUUUUUGGGUUUUUUUCUUUUCAUAUGACAACCAAAAUUAAGUUUAUUCGAUAAAUUUUGUAUUUUGUUCCUCUUUACAGUGAGGUUGUGGGUUUGGUUCCCAACAAGAAAUCUGAAAGUGAAUUGCUGUGUAUGUGCAUGUUUAGGUUAACCCUACAAGGGACUGCCUGGGUGUAUCCAGUGUAAUCCCAUAUACUAGUUAGCACUAUUGCCCUCCAACAAGAAGGUUCCAGGUUCAAUUCAUAGAAAGGGUAAGGAAGAAAUCUGAGUCUGUGAUUUGGGAUAUGUUGCCAUAAAGAAAUAAAGCUACACAUUUGGUCUUUUAACUUAUAAAAUAUUACUGUAAUUUACACAAACUGAAGGCUUGAGAAAUGUGUACUGUACUGUAUCUCCUCCACUUGUUUCUGUCUCUAUACAAAAUGAACCACACACAAGUCCAUGGUCCGCCCAUCCAUGGUUUAGGUAGGAUCAUAGUUUUCCACUGUUUUGGUUGUGUUGGUCUGGAUGAAAAAUCUGUCACUUUAAUUAUUUUUGUACCACUUUUAUUAUUUUUUUUUUCUGAGCUGGAUGUUUUGAAAUUCUGUGAAUGUGCCUUAUUUAAUUGACACACGAGUUAACCAACAAUAAACAUUUGAUUUCAACUA